AUGCACAAGGAACUUGAAAUGCAAAGCCACGCAUUGAUCAACAGAAAUGGACGAUUGAAGACAUGUGGAACAAUACCGGCUUUGACAAUCUUUGUCGCUAAUGCACCGACAUCAAGCUUUGGCGAAGACGAAGUGCAAGGGAUCUACAUGGGUUUGGAGAAGUUCUGCAGAGAAGACCAUACAUUCUCCAACGUCAUCAUUGGAGAUUUUAACGGUAAAGAUGGACCAAGAAAAACGUCUGAAGAACAUUGGCAUCCACAGAUUAGAAUGGGACGAGCAGGAUUAGCUGCUGUCUGGGUUUACCAUGACGACCAAAACCAGUCAUGGUAA